GCGUUUCGGGCUUUUUUUUUUUUGGCGGUUGGCACCGGCCGGCCGGCUGCCUGCCUUCCCGUCCCCCCCCCACAUCCUCCCCUCGCGCCCCGUCGCCGGCCCUGCUGCCUGCCUUCCUCCCGCCCGUCCGUCCGUCAGUUUUCUGAGGGAAACCCGGCCCGCCCCUCACGCCCCGUCGCGGCUCGCGGAGGCCGCCCCUGAGGCGGCGGCGGCGAAGUCGAAGGCGGCAGGAGAAUCUUGGUCACAUAUCUACGAAGAUUUAACUCCAGGAUCUGCAACCGGGAUCUGUUUGGCUUCGUUUCACAAGGACGGCAUUGUUUCAGGUAGUUCAGGAUGGGAGAUCAGAGGCAACGUUCGUUAUCCACGUCCGGAGAAUCACUAUACCAUGUUCUAGGACUGGACAAGAAUGCCACCUCAGAUGAUAUUAAGAAAUCAUACAGGAAACUUGCAUUAAAAUAUCACCCCGAUAAGAAUCCAGAUAAUCCAGAAGCCGCAGAUAAAUUUAAAGAGAUUAACAACGCACACGCAAUAUUGACUGAUGCUACAAAAAGAAAUAUUUAUGAUAAGUAUGGCUCCUUGGGGCUGUACGUAGCAGAACAGUUUGGAGAAGAGAAUGUGAACACCUAUUUCGUGUUAUCCAGCUGGUGGGCCAAGGCGUUGUUUGUCUUCUGUGGGCUCAUAACCGGGUGCUACUGUUGCUGCUGUCUCUGCUGUUGCUGUAACUGUUGCUGUGGAAAGUGUAAACCGAAACCCCCCGAAGGAGAUGAACCGGAAUUUUAUGUCUCUCCAGAAGACUUGGAGGCCCAAGUACAAUCAGACGAGAGGGAGAACACCGAAGCCCCCAUCAUGAUCCAGCCAGCCUCCGCCACAGAGACGACUCAGCUGACGGCAGAUUCUCACCCCAGCUAUCACACCGAUGGAUUUAACUAAGUUAAGGAAGCACUUAUUUAACCCGAACGGAUAAGAAUAAAUAAUUAAAUGGCCAAUCCAGCACUAGAAUCAUGGACAUUAGGAAUAGAUUAUGGGGAAGGGAAAAGCAUUCGCCGAAGGUCAAUUGGGCAGCUUCAUAACCUGCUGACAAAUAUUUUGUAAUCCCCUCGUCAUCUUUUUUGUCACCUUCAGUGUCGUAUCUCAAUGAGACAUGGAAGUACUGUAGCAUGCCGAAUCUGAACCUGUUUAGCUUUAGUCUUCUUCUUUUUUUCCCCCCCCUCCCUCUUUCGUUCUGUUUUCUAAAAGGAAGAAUAGCAUGUGUCAAGUUUACAUUAUAAACGUUUUUUGUGUUGUAAAUGUACUAAGGAGUUUUAUCAUGACGAGUGUGUGUGUGACGGUUACAUUCUGCAUUUUAAGCAGUCAAACCAGGAGGCUUUUUUUUUUCUUUCUUUAAAGAGAACUUGAAAAUUAAUCGAAUGGAGCCACAAAACUUCCAUACAGUUGAGCUAACGAUCCCCUCCUGCUCCACUGGAGAGCAGCAGAGAUUUCCGAUCGCCCACCUGCCUGUUGGUACCUGAUUUUUUUUGCCUCAGUAACUGUAUUUUGAAAACUGCUGACGUUGCAAGGAAGGGGGGGGGUUUAAGGGGGGAAAAUGCUGUUUUCUGGAAGUGUUGUUUUCGUUUCUUCUUUCAAAGCCAUCUGAGGCUUCCCAGGCGUUUUGCCCAACCUUCUUUACCGUGUAGGAAGUUGUAAUCCCCUGUACCUGGAGAGCGAUCACCUCUGCAAAGUUUUCUUUGUCGUUUUUCUUGUGUGGGAGAGGGCCAAAGUAGGGUUGUUGUUUUUUUAACUACAAAACUAGAAAUUACUUGAAUCAUCUCUUGAAAUUAAAAUGCACAUUAUUCUUGUUUAAAUUUUAAAAUAAUAAGCAUUCCCCCCAAACUAUUUAUAGUUAAACUGCUGGGACUUUUUUUGGGUACAAAUGCAUGUUUUCACUGCCCAAUCGGAAUGAAGUGUUAGUGAGAUCUGAUUACCGGUACUCUUUUAAAAAAUAAUCAUAAUAAAUCUUAUCAAGUCCACUUUAUAGACAAUGUGUUCUAGGGAUAUAUAUGGUACUUAGGUUUAUUUUUAAUUUAUAUUUUAAAAUAAUCGCUGCCACCCAGCUCACGAUUCCUUAAAUCGGUACCAUUAUCCGGCAGGUGUUGGGGUGCAGCCCUUAACAUUCAUCAGCCAGUGGUGUUCGCUUCCUGUCCUGGGAGCGAAUGGCAGUGAUGUCAAGAAUGCCUUGAUGACGUCAGUCCAUUGAUAUAAUUUGAGCCCGUUGCUCACGACUUGGGUGAUACCAUCUUGGUUUCUACACCCUGCCACUGAUAUUGUGGCCGUCAGUAGUAUCAUGAGGCUGAUGUAAGAGACAUAAUGCACCUUGACAGACUUAAUGCAUGCAAUGCUUCCCCCCUUCCCUUUCUCAGUGUUCAUGGCUGGGAAUUUUGGAAUGGGGAGUCCCAACACAACUGGGGGGUCACCAGGUUGAGGAAUAGCGAUCUAAGCAGGUCACAAAUUCUGACAGCGAUGGCUAUUGUAGAAUUGGCCUCCAUUUUUUCCCCCAUUUCCAACCUGCAGGGCAAGAAUCAGAUGGAAAUGGACUAGAACUGAGCCAGGUGGGAGAAUGAGUGGGACCUGAGAUGGCCGGAUCAACCUCGAAUCCAUGGCUGAAUUUAUCUGGUUGGUGGGCGGGUUCCUUUCUCUGCCUCCGUCCUUCCUUUAUAAAACAGGUCUGUUUCAAAUGUCCAAACUUCAUUGUGCGGAACUUGACAUAUUUGAAGCAGUAUGUGGUAGAGUUGUGCGAGGUUGUGUGCCUAAAUGGCAAUUUUUAAAAAAGAAAACCCACUUGCUUGUCCCUGUAUCUAUGUAAAGCAGGGAUAUCCAACUUUGGGCACUUUAAGAUCAGGGGACUUCAACUCCCAGAAUUCCCCAGCCAGCCAUGCUGGCUGGGGAAUUCUGGGAGUUGAAGUCCCCAGGUCUUAAAGUGCCCAAGGUUGGAGACCUCUGGUUUGGAGAAAUGUUCUGCAGAUUUUCUUCUGGACCCAAUUCCAUUCGGGCUCUUUCUAUUGAACGUUUACUCUGUGACGAGUGGGAGAAUCCACCACAAAUAGAAGUUGUGUGUUCAUCCAGGCAGCGGACGUCUCAAAGUUUCCUCUGUCAUCCAGUUUUGCGGUACAAUACACUAGGUUUGUUAAUAAGGGCAUCGGUCAGAACCUCGCCUAUUUGUUCCAGCGGCUUCUGCUUCGAUCACUUCCCCGCCCUCUUUUUUUUUUUUGGUCUCACAGCCUCAUUCCCACUUUGCAUUCGGGGGUGGGGGGGCGCCCAUGAAAUCCCGUCACCGACAACCGCUUUUGCAUCACGUGCGUGAGGUCGUUGUGGCCCAUUGUGACAUUGUGCCAGAUAGGAAUGUUAUGCUUUCCACAGGCAGGUGUGCAGCUACGUGUUUGACUCCUCCCCCGGUGUGUAUAUUUGUGCAUGUGUUGAAUCGUCGCGAAGUGAAAACAUUCACACUAGGAAGCGCUUCGGGGAUCUUCUUGCACUUUCUCUAUUUUAAGGUGGUCACUUUUUAAAAAAAAAAACAGGCAACAGUUUUAUGUCACGUAAUACUUGAAAUAGUCGGUCAAUCUGUCUGGUUCUUGUUCCGCUCUGUUUAUAACUCAGGGGUGUCCAACUUUGGCGACUUGAAGAUCUGUGGACUUCAACUCCCAGAAUUCCCCAGCUAGCAUGGCUGGCUGGGGAAUUCUGGGAGUUGAAGUCCACAAGUCUUUGGAGUCACCAAAGUCCCUGGUGUAGAUUAAUUUCCUCUUCCCCUGCUUUUUACGGCUUCCUUUUUAAAUGCUUCUCUGUGGCUCCCUCUCCCCUUUCUGGACCUAGAUAUAAUUUUGAUUUUUUUUAAAAAUAAUUGGAAGGAUGAUGUGCAAACCCAAUCUAUUUCUCAAAAUUACCAAUUGGAUACUGCCCUGCUAGCUCAGUUAUAUUCUUGAGUUAGCUAGUAAAAAUUGGAAGUAUCCCCUGUCGCUUUGCCAAAACAUGUCUGUCGUAGAGAAUAAAGGCAUAAUAACUCCAAUUAAUAAUGCAGUUUAUGAAUUUAUUCGUAUGUAUGGAUUUCCGAAACCUCGUCCGGUUUAUCAUCCGAAAUAAAAACAAUGGGUUAAUAGUCAAAUGUAUAAACUGUGGCUGAAGUGUUGAUAAUCCGGUGUUAAUCUCACUGCGCUAAGGUUUAUUCUUGAUUUUUCCAAGGCAAAAAUCACUUGAUUUGAGGCCGACAGAACAAAAUUUGGAUGUUAGAUUGUAACAUUAAACAAAACAAAAAAAUCCCCAAACCCGACUCAUUCUCAGGCAUGAAAUUUGAUUAUGAUUUCAGUUUUGUCAAGUUUUGUCCAUUAGCAUAGUUUUGCCCUUCUGGCCUGUCAUUCCAAAUCACUGGGAACAAGCUGUUGUUAUCUGUUAAUUGACUUAUUUUCAUACAUAAUCUAGGCACAUCCUCCUUCCCUUGUCACACAUGCCUCCUAGAUCUUUGUAGAAUUGUAAGGGCAUCCGGUGGGAGAAGGUGUCACAAAAGUCAAAAUUGUGUCCUCGGUCUUGGAAUCAAACUCUUUGUCACGUUGGUACGCAAGUUGUGCAUUUGACACCGGCAGGGCUUCGAUGGUAGGAUCGGUCUUUUCCUAUGGAUAUCCUUGAUGUUGUUAUUUAAGAUGGAUCAGAAAGAGUUUCAACAGGUGAUGGGUUUCCAUCAGUGUUUUUCAAACCUGGCCACUAUAAGAAAGGCAGAUUUCAACUCCUUGAAUUCCCCGACCAGCAUUCUGGCCAAGGAAUUCUGGAAGUUGAAAUCCAGACCUCUUAAAACAGCCAAAUUUGAAAAAAACAACAACCCAAUGUUUUAGGUAGCAUAACCCAGUGACGGCUAACCUUCUUGCCGUCGUGUGUCAAAAGCGUGGAGAGCAUGGGGGGGCCAUGCGCAUGUGUGCCCCCAUCCAUAAUUUAAUGCACCUCGCCACCAUAUGCGCGCCCCUGCAUUCACCCUGCUUCUGACACGCGAUGGCACAGUGGGCCCGUUUUUCGUCCUCCCCAGGCUCCAGAGCCUUUCUAGGAGCCUGGGGAGGGCAAAAACGCCCUUCCCAUCCCCCGGAGGCCCUCUGGAGGCUGGAAGCAGCCCAUUUCCCGACUUCCGGUGGGCUCGGAAGGCCCGAAAAUCAGCUGGUCAGCACACGCAUGUGCACUGCAGCUGAGCUCGGCAACGCUAGCGUGCCACCUGUGGCACAUGUGCCAUAGGUUCGCCAUUACGGCCAUAACCCAUUCUAGUAAUUACAUUGCAAAUUUUACUUCAUUCUUUGUGGUCUCAUUAUGCUCAUUCUUUUCUGCAGGACCUUAUCAUGUUCUUGUAAACUUUUUUGAUUCCUCUCUAACUCAUUGUUUCCCAACCUUAGCCAUUUUAAGAUGUGUGGACAAUGGGAAAUUCUGGGAGUUGAAGUCCACGCAUCUUAAAAUGGAUAAGGUUGGGGAACACUGUUUUAAUUCUAUUCAGGGGGUAGACAGACCUUGGUUAGUCUAGAUCUUGAUCUCCAGUGUAAAAUGAAAGCCAGAUUUAGACAGCAAUCAGUGCUGUCUUCCAUUCAAGAGUCUUGAUGUUUUAGAUUAAUUUAAUUUAAAGUUAGUCGAAGCCAAAGAUUCCCUUCCCUGGUGUAGACGGGUUUCUGAAACCUUGUUAGUACAUAAAUUUUUCCCCCCCUCUUUAAAUCAAACCCAAAUGUUAAAAUCCCGAGAGAUGGCUGUCUGUGCCUUGAGCAGUGGAGAUUUUAAAAUUAUUUGAUCUAUCUUUUGCAGCGGUUCUGUGCUCAAUUCAGCCUGGUUUCCCAGAUUUUUCAGUAAUGGAUAAGAGGCGAAUUCAAGUUGAGUUUUUUCCCAGUUGCUUGACUUUGUUCUUAAUUGACCAACUGUUGUGCGUUGCCGCAAUACUCUCAGCAGCUGUUUCUUCUGAUUUUUCUAACUUCGUCAAAAUCUUGGCAAUAGAUAUUAAUGCGUUGGUGGUAGGUAUAAGUAAGGCCCAAAAUGUAUUACACCCAGAAUUAAUUUUCCCCAGAGUUCUGGCGAAGCUGCUUUUCAGUCAUCCAUUUGGUGAAACCUAGCACCCAAGGUCUUGCCCCUUCGAAAGCCAAAAGAAGCUACUGAGAUCCAAGACAGGGGCCUAAAUCCAUAAAUGCGUUUUUAAAAAGUCCACUGACCUUGAUUUAUGAGACGACGUGCCAACGAAUUUGAAGCCAGAACUUUGCCAGUACAUUCUCUGAUUCAACUAAAUACGAUAGGUCUCCCAAAUUGUUUUCUGAUUUGGCAGUCUUGCCGACACAUAUAUUGCUGCUAAAUUUUCUGCACUUAACAAAUUGCUCAUGUAUCCUCAAUCUGAAAAUUCAUCCAGAGGAGAUUUAGAUUUUCCUUUGAGUAGCCAAAUUUCUCUUGAUUCCUCCCCCCUCCUCCUCCCCCUUCUGCCCUUUUCAUCUCCCUUCUCCUACCUUCAUUUCAUUCAUUUUCUCCUUUUCAUUCUGUCUCCAUCUUCCUUCCCCCUCUUCCUUUCUCUCUUUCUCCCUUCCUUCUUUGUCUUCAUCUCUUCCUCCUCCAUCCCCUUCUUCUACCUUCCCUUCAUUUUUAUUUUCCGUUUUCUUUCUUUCACUGUCUCCGUCUCCUUUUCCUCCUUCCCGUUCCCCUUCCCUCCCCUCCCCUCCCCCCCUUCUACAUAAAUUAGGAGCGUAUAAGAAGAAUACAAGUCUUUUACUAGCAAGCCGAAGGGCUUCAUUGAAAACCUAAGUCACGUACGUAGGAACUCUUGAGUUUUAUAUCUGUCGGUACUGUUACGUAAAUAUAUCCUCAAAGCAGUUGUGUGUGUGCAUACCUUGCCCUAGCUUAUACUUGCAGCAGCCAUAAUUUGUGCUGGUUGUAGUUUAACAUCCUUUGCUUUUAAGUCUUUGGAUAAGAACCCUGUGUACCUAAAAAGACACCCUGUGGAAUCGGAUAGUGUGCUAGUGCGGCAUUCCCCCGGUCCCAACGCUCCCUUUGACAGAACCUAUGUCAAAUCUGGAGCCUGCCAAUCCCAUCCUGCCGAUCAUCCACAAAUACACUUUUUCUGCAGCUCAUGCGCCAAGCAGGAACAAGAGGUUCUGCUCUGAAGCAUCCCUGAACUAGGAUUCUUAUAUAUAAAAAAGUUUUAUUUUUACAUUCAUAUCCAACAACUCAUCCAAUGUACAGUCAUAUACAAUUAGUCGGGCUUGCCCAGUCACCACCCUCUCCUUUUAACUCUCUUCCCUCUUCUACCUUCUUCUACUUUCCAGACCUUCCUCCCCUUCUCUUAUCUGCAUCCUCUCCUCCUUCCCCCCUACACCUUCCUUCUCCCUCUUCUACCCCUCUUCCUUCCUCUUCUCCCUCUUCUACCCCUCUUCUCCUUUUUCCUACCUCCUACUCUCUCCUCCUUUCUCCCUCCCCACCAUUCUAAAAUGGUAGCUGGGCAGACCCGACCCUACAUUAAUUAUACUUUAUGGCUGAAUAAAAGACGAGACUUUCCAGAAGAAUUCAUGAUGAAAGGGAGGCCCUCAGGGACGACCCCCUACAUCAAAUUAGAUGUAGGGAGUAUCGUUAUUGUGGUCCUUGCCUUAAAAGUCACGCUCCGCUUUUUCAUUCCUCCCACCAUCCUCAGCCAACCAUCCCGAUGAAACCGGGAGGACUUCCUCCAGCCGCCUACGAAAGGUCUCCUUCCACCAGGUCUCAAGCUCUCUGAAAGCCAUGAAGCUACCAGAUAGAGCAGACGAGGAUUGGUGGGAAAAUUCUAUGAUUUUGUUCAUCCUCCUAGCCCGCCUUCCUCUUGGCUGGAUCCCUACGUCGUCUAUGCGGGGAGAACUGAAAUAGGCACGUAGAAGUUUUGGUUUGUGGAAAAACCCUCGAGUGGAAAGUAGAGUCGUUCGAAAGACCAUGUAGCCCUUCCCUUCCCUUGUCCGACUCCACAUUUUCCUCUCCAUCCCCAGAAACCCCUUUACCCUAUAUAUAAAAAUAUUAUAUUUCCCCGGAGGCGAUCAGAACAAUCAUUUUAAUUGCACCGUGCAAGUCCCUUCGUUGGGAGAUCUUUUGAACCUUUUUUU